ACUGUUACCCUUCUCAUGAAUGUUUGUGACAUUCCACCAGAAAAUAAGAUGUCUCUUCCAAAAAUCCAGAUUGAAGAAAUGCUGGACAGUGUGGAUUAUGAGACCAGAGAUGGACCUCCUUCCGAUGACCACCUGAGGAAUCUGAAAGCUCUGACAGAGAAACUGAGGCUGGAGACGAGGAGACCUUCAUAUUUGGAGUGGAAGGCCAAAUUGGAAGAGCUGACAUGGAAGAGCCACCCCCAACCCCCUGAGGAAGCUGAGGAAAGCCAAGAAAAGAAGCUGACAGAGGAAAGUGUUCCUAUCCAAGAGGCGCAGGUACACAUCAACGGGACCUCCUCCAAAGAGCAAGUGAUGCUAGCCUCAAGAAAAAUCAGUGGCUUUGCAAACAUCAACGAAGCUUUAAAUUGGCUUAGGAAAGAACUGAUGGAAAUGCGUCUCCAGGACCAGCAGUUGGCUCGGCAGCUCAUGCGCUUGCGCAGUGAGAUCAACAAGCUCAAGAUUGAGCAGACGUGCCACCUCCACCGGCGCAUGCUGAAUGAUGCCACCUAUGAGUUGGAGGAGAGGGACGAGCUCUCCGACCUCCUCUGUGACUUCCCACUCACAUCCUCCUUCAGCCUCUCCACUCCACUCAAGCUCAUUGGCGUGACGAAAAUGAACAUCAACUCACGGAGGUUCUCACUUUGUUAGAGGGAGGGAGGCUGAGCGCAAGAAGUGGGUUUGGUGGGAGGGGCUU